UUUGCUGGUUCAUUUAGCGUUACCCAGGGUGCACCCCAUAUCGUACCGUCGCUUCACUAGACAGGUACAUAUCAGCUCAGCUGGCCAAUAUCACAUUGCUCAUACCCCACCCACAUUUAAUCGCAAUACAAUCCGAUCUUAUAACGUGAACAUUAAAUAUAAUAUUUCCACCUUCUAACAAAUACUUUUUGCUGUGUUUUGGAUGAUAUCUAUUAAUAAUCCUUGUAUUUCCUAAAUUUUGUAAUACAUGUUUGCAUCUUUAUCCUGCAGCGCAUGUUGAAGAAGGGUUAUGACCGGACCCGGAAGCAGGCCGAGAAGAGGGCGAUUGUCGUGGGGGUCGUCAAGGCCUUACAAAAAAAAUUUGGGCGGACCCACGACGAAAUUCAAAUUAGUAAAAAAAUGGUCUGACCUGAAAAGGAGGCACCCGGACUGGGUCAAAGAGCACAGUCAGAGAGUCUGCCCUGGGCUUCCAGCGCCAACGGUCCGCCGCCGUCUAACCACGGCGGAUUUGGAUGUAGUGGAGGUCUCCACAGAGGAGGAUGAGCAGGCGGGCCCCUCCCACAGUCCUCGAGGUGCCACCAACCCACCUGAUGUGGGGAUUGUUGUGGAGGUGUCUGACGAGCCCGGACCCUCUCAAGGGCCAAAAACGUCUGGCCCAGCUCCUGCUGAGGAGGAUACCACCACCCCAGCUCCUGAGGAAGAGGAUCAGGCGCUGGUUACCACCCCGCACCAGGAGGUAAUCAAGAAAAUUUCUGCUAAAAUUGCUCUAAUGCAAAAGAGGCAUGGGAAAAUCAGGCAAUUAAGAGCCCUCAUUCAAAAAUCCCAAAGAAUGCUGCAGGAAUUUGAAUGCCAAUAUGGGGAGGACCUGAAGGAGCUCGCAAGCCUGCAGGAAGAACUGCAAAAGUUCCCUUAAUUUUAUUCUAAUUUUUUUGUUAUUAAAAAAGUUUU